AUGGGAGUUGCUUUGACACAUGUGAAUGCUCGUCCUACCCUUUCAGAACAGUUUGCCAUAUCCUCAGACUCUCAAGCAGCAAUACUGGAAAUGGCUAACAGUUACCAAGCUUCUAUUUCUACAUCUGUAAUGCAGUGUAGAUCUCUACUACGAGAGUUGUAUGAAAAACAUAAAAUUGUCGGUUUGCAGUGGAUUCCUUCUCAUUGUGGAAUCCCUGAAAAUGAAAAGGCAGAUGAGCUAGCCAAGAGAGGAUGCGAUAUUAUUCAAUUUUCAAACGGUCAGAUUGGUUAUAAGUACGCAUCGUCAAAAAUCAAUGUGAUCUUCAAGACCAAGUAUCUGUCACAACUAAAAGAAAGAACAACAGGUAUUCUCUGGGAAAGUGACAUCCAUAAUCUCCAAGACUACGCCAGAAGCAACGCUCUAGCUUCCUUUGUUCUGGAUACAAUGCAUGACUGUUUAUAUGCACACCUUCAUAGAUUCUAA